AUGGCUCCGCGCGGGGGUCUCCGCGAAGCGUCGCAGCCUCCGCCGGUCCCGUUCCAGACGCCGCCGGCCGAGCCGUUCCCGGUCCGGCCGCAGAGCAGCGACUCGUUGAAGGGGCGCGGAGCCUCCAUCCUCGGCGGGUCCUCCGCGCCGGGCGCUCAGCGGCGUGGCGUCGCGGCCGGCAGCCCAGGCAGACUGACGCCCCCUCCUCGCCCGCCCGCCUCCGCCGCCGCCGCCGCCUCCGCCGCUGCCUCCUCCCCCUUCGCUCGCCGCCGCCUCUGCAGCCGCCCGGCUCAAGGCUGCUGCCACCCCGAGCCCGACACCCAGCACGCCGGAGCAGCAGCGCCCCCGGACGGCGGACGGGGGCCCUCGCUGCGCCCGGGAGCUGCGGUCCGCGGCGCAGGCGGGGCGCUCUGCACAUGCCCCGGGGGCGGGGGCGGAGCGCCGGCCAAUCACAGGAUGGCCGAGUGGGAAGGGAACCCAGGGGUCAUCUAGCUAACCCCCUGCCAUGCAAAGAAGGAGGGCCGCUCUGGAACAGCUUGGCGCGCCGAGGCUCACCCUUGAGCAUGGGCAGAGUUCGGGGCAAAGGACACUUUUCCCGGGUGGCGAGGCGCUUUCCACACGAGGGCCGCACCCCGUGCCCCAGGGCAUGUGCAGAGUGCCUUUAUCCCCAGGCUCCCUGGUCUUUCGGGGAAGAAGGUCGGCCGGCCGGCGCUCAACUCCAGCCAGCCAGGCGCAGUGCGGGGGGCAGCAAGAGCCCCCACCCCACCCCUGCGCGGGCCAAACUGCUGGCCCUCGGGCUCCUCGAGUGGGGGUGGGGGUGGCGUCUCCCAGCAGCAGCCCCGAGCCGGAAAGCCGACGCCGUGUUUGCUGGGGGAGGGGCGGAGGCACCUGACCGCCCCCCCCCGCUGUUGACACAGGUGGUUGUUUACCUGGCCGAACGGCAGCCAGGUAAGUGCUGCCUGCGGGUCCGAGCGGGGGAGGGAGCCUGGCAGCCGCAGAGGGGGGCUGCUCCUCCCUCAAAGCCUCCCAAGGUGCCCCCCCGUGGCACAUCGCCUCCCCUUGACCACUCCCCCCCCCCCCCACGAUCCGAGAGGGGAGAAUUUUGA